UCUGAUCGGCUGAUGUCGUGAAGCAGGGACAUGAAGCCGAGCUUGGCAAGAAUGCCUCUCCUUUUUGUUUUGAGGCGGCUUGACGCGAUCGUUAGUAUACUGGACAGCAGUGCAUGAACUGGGGAAGGACACAGAGUGACCCGCUGUUGAGUGUUGAGCCGUACACGUCGGAGACGGAAAACUGACCGUAUCGGCUGUGACGGCUCGUUCUGCGCGCGCCUGAUUUUUUGCCCGUCAAAAGGAGCUGCCCUGAGAGCGACCGGAGGUUCUGCCUCCCAGUUCCAUGUCGACUCCGCUACAGUUGCAUCUGCGAGCAAAUACCAUCACAGGGAUAAACUCAACCAUUUGGCUCGGACGAAAUCAACCUGUCGAGCCGUCAAUCUAGCGCAAAUCAUGGCUUCCGCGGCUGAAAACGUGCGGCAUAGCUCCGUACCCAGCGCUAGCGACCAAUCGUCGACGGCCGGCACACGGGCAGCUAGCAAGCCAAGAAUCGGACUGCUGCGCCGCCAGAGCAGCCGUCGCAUGAACGAACUGCUGCAGGAAGUAGCGCCCGAGAACGUGGGACUGUGCUUGUCCAGCAGCGGCGGGUAUCACCCGAUAGCGUUCUGCGCUGGUGUGCUCAAGUCGCUACUGGCUGAGAAAGUGCGUAUCGACCAUCUUAGCACAGUGAGCGGCGGGUCGGCGCUGGGCGCGGCGUACCUGGACUGGAAAAUGCGCGAGGGCGGGCAGGACAGCGAGGCCUGGCACCAGCGAUUCUUCAAACAGCUGCUGGACAAUCUGCACAGGGCGCACUACGACGUGGAGAGUCGGCACGGCAGACGGCACAUCCUAGUGGUCGCGAUCACCACACUCGUACACCUGGUCCUAUCGUUGAUGGUCAUGUGCGCUUUUUGCUUCCCAUUGCUCCACUCCAUGCUGAACCAAACAAGCUGGACGAGGGGUAUAACGUCCGUCAUCAGCUAUGUGCCGAUCAUUUCCCAAUUCCUACCCAGUGAUGAUUUGGAGGCGCUCGUCAGAAUACUGCAGCUGCAGAUGGUUGGCAUGGUGAUGCUGUUGUCACGGCCACUGUUCACAAGCGACUCUCAGCUGUCUCUGCGCCGUCACGUGCUGCUCAUGGGGCUGUCCAUGAUGCCGUUUCUCAUCAACAUGCAUAGCACGGGUGCGUUGCUAUCCGAGGGAACACGGCUGAAGGACCUGUUUGGUCAAGCCUGCAAGGAGCUGAUUGCAAAUACAACAGCUAACGGCACGGCAGCUUCCAACGCGUCAGCAACAGCAACUGCAGUCGUCAAUAUCACCGACGUGCCAUACAACCCGUACGGCUGUAAUCUCCUAGCCACUAUGAUCUACGUGGCUGUGCCGGGGGUUGCGUUUCUGCUCAGUGUGUUUGUAAUGGCACUGUUCCUUGGCACUCGCCGCUCCUUUCUUAUUAUUCUGGUUACCUUUGCCAUGAAUAUGACGGUCUUGUGGGGUCAGACAGUAUUCGAGGAGGCCAGCCUCAGUGACGUGCCGCUGUUCAACAUACUGGUGGCCACACUGUGUCUAGUAUCCUUCUACAGCACACCUCUACUAUUACCCAUCCAUCAGUAUACAUUCUUGAGAGUGUUUGAGGAGCGCUUACGCCUAGCGUUGUUUCACCCCUCGGGCCACUACGAGGGGCACUCGCGGUUCUUCCGUCACAUCCUCGAGCGCAUAUUCAUCUCGCCCGCAUGCGCUCACAAAGCGGAGUCAGGCGACGACAAGCAGUCUCGAUCACCCGACUCUCUACCUCGAGACCUGACGUUUAGUGAUGUGGCCAGCACCAAACCAGAGCUCAUUGUCCAGUUGUCGUUGCAGAACUGGCGCAUGGUGGUCAAAGAUCCACGUGACGAUGGCGUGAUCAUGCUCAGCAUGUCUUCUAAGUUUGUUGAUGUGAUCAACUAUGAGAACCCUGACAGUGUCAGUGAGUAUCUGGAGCGCAUGCCGUCUCUCAUCCCGAUAAGCACGGCCAUGGCGGCCGGUUUUCCCGGCGUUUCCCUUCUCUUCACCAGUGCAAACAAGUCGUUUGAGUUCCUGCGUGAGAUCCUCCUGCUGCUCCACCCACGCCACUCUCUCAAGAUACCCGUCUGGGUGGACUCUGCGCCUGGCUGGUCCACCACCAUCAGCAGGGCACUGCUGGUUGCUCUCGUUCACGUCGGUGUGACUAUUGACAUUCUCAUGUUCCUGUUCGUGCCGGCGCUAGCGCAGAGAUUGCCGGUAGGAGCGCUGGCGUUCCUAUUCCGCAUCUCCCUUGCCUGCGUCACGCUGCUGCCGUCCGACAAAGAUGUCAGCCGCACCGGAUCGUUGCAGCAGAAGGCCGUCGCAAUGAGCAGAUGGCUGAAUGUGCACGUGCCGAUGUGCCGUUACCUGCGAUGCGUGAUGAACGUGACCAACAUCGGUGCCUACCCGGACUUCAUCCUGGACUUGUCGAGCUGUGAGGAUGUGGAGCACACGGGACUCAUGGCACUGCUCAAGAGACAAACAGCAAAGAUCAUCGUUGCUGAUGCCGGUGCACCCGUAUCGUUCAACCGAGCGGAGAAGAUCAUGCUGACACUGCAGAGAGCCAGGAAGAACCUAGGCUGUCGGUUCAGCACCAUGGAUGACGAGGAUCUGACGUACGAGCUGUUCAGGACGCUAGGCAGUGCCAGCCGUGGUGUGGCCCCGCACGCUAUACAAUUCAAGGUGUUCUACACCGUUAAGAACGGUGACAGUCGAGACAUUGUAGGACAAGGUGAGAUCCUUCUGGUCCAACCGCGUCACCCGGACCAACUCCUGGAGGGCGACUGGUCAGGUGACCUGGACGAUGGCUGGUGUGCUGGAGAAGCUGAUGAGCUCUAUGGCGCUCUGACUGGGAAGAGCCGCAACUACAUCACACGCACCAUUGGCGAGUGGUAUCACGGGAAGUUCCCCUACUACGGACGUGCAUUCCACCCGACGGCCGAGCAGACAGCAGCAUUGUUCCGCGAGGGCGAGAGGGCAAUGAGCGCACCGGCAGUACAGCAGUUCGUCGAAGACCUGGGAAAGACGACACACGUUGGAGCACCACUACGCGUCGCGUCAAGGCCUACCUCAAUGAUCUCGCAACUAAGUAUUGCGGAAGAGGAAGAGGAAGAGGACGAGGAAGAGGAAGCAGCCACACCAGCAGCGACAGCAGCUGCUGCGAGUGACGGUGAAAACUCUUCCGAUGAGGCAGUGGCCAGCACUGAUGGCAUGCUUGACAUGAGUGCACUGGGCCUGCAGCAAAACCCCGCCUCUUUAUCCGGACUCCGCCAGCGCCUGUUCACCAAAUUCUCGCCGGUCGAGGAGGGCAGUCCGCCGCCUGCAUUGCCUCCGCGUGGUCACGGCGACGGACCACCAGGCAACGAGUUCCUGCCGCUGGAAAGUCCCCAGGACGUGCCGCGGCGCUCCGUCGACAAGCCCUCGCCCGUCAACCCGCUGACAGCUGUUGCUAUGGAGCCGUGGACGUCGGCCGUGCCCCCACCUCUGCCUCCUAAGCCACAGGGCGGUCUGUAAGAUAAUCGGGGGGAAAACCGGGGUCGGCGGGAUCGACUCGCCGAACUGUCAAGUAAUUCCAACGACCAGGGUCGCGUACGAACUUGCCGUGCCGUGUGUAGAGACUAGAUGUUUUAAACCCAUGCUGGCUCUGUAGUACAGUAUGUGUGUACGUGUGUGUGUGUGUGCGUGUGCGCGUGCAUGCGUGUGCGUGCGCGUGUGUGUGCGUGCGCGUGUGUGUGUAUGUGUGUGUGUGUGUGUGCGUGCGUGCGUGCGUGCGUGCGUGCGUGCGUGUGUGUGCUCUGUUGCAGUGCUUAGGUGUAUGUAUGUGUAUGUGUAUGUGCUGCACACUGUACACAAAGUUCAUGCCAUGCCCUGGCACAUUGAAUGGCUCAGCCGCCGAUUGUCUUGAGGCGGCGCUGCUGCGGAAAGCUCUCGGAGCCGUGGCUAUACGCCGACUGUGCAGGCUAAAGUACGGCUCAGUGUGUUUGAAUACCAAGCCAGCUCGGAACCGCACGGACAGCGGAACUUGCGACAUGCUGAACCAACCUCUUCAUUCUGACGAAUCAUCGAAUCUGAUUUCUUGUCGCUAUUUUGGCCGUCUCUGAAGAACGCCCAACUUACUACUUGCAGAAACAAACGGAACGGAAAUACAGAAAUGACAAGCUACUGCUAAAUCUACAGGCAAAGGUGAAUUUGACUACUUUGAGUACGUUUGUGUAGGAAUAACAUAGUUUGUGAAAUCAUGCCUGUGCGGCUUAUUGUCCCAGGUGCUUACACACACACAGUAGUGUGGCUCAGGGCUCUGGACACAAUGGUAAUAAUUUUGCUGCAUACUCUAAGCUUUACCUAAUGAAUCUACUUGUAGCAAUGAUUUAUAAUUUCUAGUUUCUAACGCUGAUAUAAUCCGGUCUGCCCCAUGCGCGCAGCAUCUGCUGUGCAGAAUCUAUCGUUUAUGCCUAGCUUCAAAGUUCCUUUGUGGUUCUGGUAUAAUUCAGUAUGCUCA